GUCAGACAAACAAAGCCAACUAAAAAGUUGGAUUAAGGUCUAGCCAAGUUGUUUAUCUGGGCCGGCACAUUAAAGGGCCUAAGCUUAGGUUACUAGUCAACGGGAGCCCAGAGCCCAAAUGUCAAACAGGACGUUCGGCUUGCCGUGGGUUGAAGACUCCGAGAGACAAGCUCGCUAGAUUUGAGGUCGAAUCGGAGAAAAUGGCCACCUUCGCCAGCAUAUCAGCUCCUCCGCCAUUUUCGUGUCGAAGGUCUCUUACUCACUCUAUUCCAUGCGCAAGCCAAGGAAGAUUAGCUUUCUUCAAGAAGAGUUUGGGUUUGGGUUGGGAUCGGAGAGGGCUGGUGCUUCCGGUCAAAUGCUUACCUUCGGGGCCGAGUCAAGACGCCGAACCGGAAGGCCAUAACUCCUCCUUGUCGGAAUCAUCUUCUUCCUCUUCGAGUGACUUCACGUACAAGUUGUGCGCAGGGCUUGGUGGAAUUGGGUUGGUCGAAACCGCAUACUUGACGUACCUCAAGCUCACGAAUUCUGAUGCCUUUUGCCCAAUCGGAGGUGGCAGUUGUGGUGACAUACUUAACAGUGACUAUGCCGUCAUCUUUGGUGUUCCUCUUCCAUUGAUCGGAAUGUUUGCAUAUGGGUUAGUUGCUUCACUUGGUGUACAAUUGACUGGAAAGAACUUGCCCUUUGGAAUUGAUGAAGCUAAUGGUCGUUUAGUCUUACUUGGGACUACGACCUCCAUGGCUGCUUCAAGUGCGUAUUUCCUAUACAUUUUAAGCACUAAAUUUACGGGAGCGUCAUGCUCUUACUGUCUAUUAUCUGCUCUGCUGUCAUUCAGCUUAUUUUUCAUCACUCAAAAGGAUUUUGGGUUGCAACAGAUACAGAAAGUGGUCGGUUUACAGCUGUUUAUAGCUGGUUUGGUGGUUCUUGCCCUCAAUUCAUCAUAUAGCUCUUCACAACCUGUGCCCUCAAGCCUGGCUGAAAUUGAACUGCCAUAUUUUACAACUGAGAUAACAUCACCAUCAAGUCCUUUUGCUCUUUCUCUUGCAAAGCAUCUGCAGUCAAUUGGUGCUAAAAUGUAUGGGGCUUUCUGGUGUUCACACUGCCUAGAACAAAAACAGAUGUUUGGAAGUGAGGCGGCAAAACUGUUGAAUUAUGUUGAAUGCUUCCCUGAUGGAUAUAAGAAAGGAAACAAAAUUUUAAAGGCAUGCGCAGAUGCUGGAAUUGAAGGUUUCCCAACAUGGGUGAUAAACGGGCAGGUUUUGAGUGGUGAACAACAGUUGUCAGAGCUUGCACAGGCAUCCGGUUUUGAUGUUAAAUGAAUCUAGUCUGCCCAUAUAGGAUGAUUCUGUUCAAAUUGUGUUGUUUCACAUAUGUAUAGAUUGAAUAGUGUCCUUGUGAUUUACAUAGUAAUCAGAUUCGAACUGCAAUGUUUGUACAUCUUCUGAGUUUUUUUGCUCUCUAAAAAGAUGAGGCAGCUUUACAAUAAUCAGAUUCGAACUGCAAUACUUUUAAUCUUCUGAGUUUUUUAUGCAAUCUUUAUUUUUGUU